UCAUUUCUCCCCCAACUUACACAUUCUGGAAUAGUUGACAACUGAAGUAAUAAGCAAAAGAAUUAGGAAUGAAGAUUGAGAAUGGGCAGCUGCAAGCUUGGAGGGCUGAAAGGGCAAAAAUAUUGGCCAUUGGGACAGCCACCCCCUCUCAUUGGGUUGAUCAGACCGACUACCCAGAUUUCUACUUUCGAGUUACAAACAGUGAACAUUUGCUAGAUCUCAAGCAAAAGUUUAGCCGCAUUUGCAGCAGAACUAUGAUCAAGAAAAGACACAUGUUAUUGACAGAGGAAAUCUUGAAGGAGAAUCCAAAUCUAUGUACAUUUGGAGAACCUUCACUGAACAUUAGGCAAGACAUCCUGGUAUCUGAAAUACCCAAACUGGGCAAAGAGGCAGCCCUCAAGGCCAUAGAGGAAUGGGGGCAACCCAAGUCCAAAAUCACCCAUCUAAUCUUCUGCACAAGAAGCGGCGUAGACAUGCCCGGAGCAGACUACCAGCUCAUCAAGCUUUUGGGCCUCAGUCCAUCAACACAGCGCUUCAUGUUGUACCAACAAGGCUGUUUCGCCGGCGGCACCGUGCUCCGCCUCGCCAAGGACAUCGCCGAGAACAACCGGGGAUCGCGCAUCCUCGCCGUGUGCGCCGAGAGCUCCGCCGUCGGGUUUCGCGGCCCCAGCGCCGAUCACAUCGAUAACCUCGUCGCGCAGGCGCUGUUCGGCGACGGCGCCGCCGCGAUGAUAAUCGGAUCGGAUCCAAAUCUCAGAGGUGAAUCGCCGAUCUUCGAGAUUUUCUCGGCGAAUCAGACGUUUGUCUCCAAUGGCGACUAUCACCUCGCGCUUCACCUCCGCGAAUCGGGGCUCUCUUUCCAUGGAUCCAAGGCGUUGCCUUCCACCAUAGCUAAGAACGCUGAGAGUUGUCUGAUUAGGGCUUUUGAGGGUUUGGGGAUUUCGGAUUGGAAUUCGCUUUUCUGGAUUCUUCACCCGGGCGGGAACGCGAUUGUGGAUCAAGUGGAGAGUGUAUUGGGCCUUGAGCCCAAUAAGUUACGGGCCACGAGGGAUGUUCUGCGUGACUAUGGGAACUUGUCGAGCGCGUGCGUGAUAUUCAUUUUGGAUGAAGUGAGAAAGCAGUCCAUUAGAGAUGGGCUUAAGACCACGGGUGAUGGGCUUGACUUUGGAGUUCUUUUGUCUUUUGGGCCUGGGCUCACCAUUGAGACUGUAGUUCUCCACAGUGUUCCCACUUGAGAUCAUCAUUACUUUUUAUGCUUUUUUUUUUUUUUUUUUUUCCCUUCUCUUGUUUGAAUAAAUGCAUAAUGAAUUAAAUAAACUAUGAGGAAAAGUGAUGAAUCUAGCAGUAUAUGUUUUCUCCUAAUAUAUUCAAGUUAAUGUUCUUGUAAGUUUGUGGUGUUUAUUUUGUUGAUAAAAUUUGUGAUUUA